AUGGCGGCGCGGGCGCUGGCGCUGCUGGCGGCGCUGGGCGGGCUGGCGCUGCUGCCGGGCGGGCGGUGCGCGGCGCCGCUGGCCGACCUGCGCUCGCAGAUCUCGGGCGUCGAGUCGCUGCUGGAGGAGUUUCGCCGGCAGCUGCAGCAGGAGGAGCCGGGACCGCCGGCGGCGGGAGGCGGCGGCGACGGGGGGCGGUGCGGCGGCGGCGGCAGCAGCUUCUCCGCCAGGCCCGACUCCAUCAUCCGCACCAAGGACUCCAUCGCGGCCGGCGCCACCUUCCUGCGGGCCCCCGCCGCCGGGGCGGGCUGGCGGCAGUGCCUGGACGCCUGCUGCGCCGAGCCGCGCUGCACGCUGGCCGUGGUGCAGGGGCCCGCCCGGCCGCGGGGCGCGGCGGAGCAGGCCUGCUACCUCUUCAACUGCACGCACCGCGGCCGCCCCGUCUGCCGCUUCGCCCCGCACCGCGGCUACAGCACCUACAGCCGCCGGCCCGCCGGCCUCGCCCCGCCGCCGGAGGAAGAAGAAUACGACAAGCCUCCACAGUGCAAGGCAGGACAAGAUAUUGUGCUGCAGUCACCUGUGGACUGGGUGCUUUUGGACGGCCGAGAAAGCUCAGAUGACCAUGGAAUUGUGCAGUACGAGUGGACGUUGCUGCAGGGCGACCCGUUGGUUGAAAUGAAGGUACCACAACCAGGAACACUGAAACUAUCUCACAUCCAGGAGGGCAGGUAUGUUUUCCAGCUCACUGUGACAGACACUGCAGGUCAGCGGAGCUCUGACAACGUCUCUGUGACCGUUCUGCCCAUGGUGCAUUCUGCAGUAGCCUGUGUCGGGGUUUGCUCUCGCUACCAGUUUAUCUGUGAUGAUGGCUGCUGCAUUGACAUCACGUUUGCUUGCGAUGGCCUGAGACAGUGCCCUGAUGGAUCAGAUGAAACUUUCUGCCAGAAUUUGAGCCCGGGACGGAAGACGGUGACGCACGCAGCUCUUGGCACUACUCAGCAAAGGACUGUGGGACUGGCGGAGAACAUGGAUGAGAACUUCUCUGUGGAAAACACCCUGAAAACCACUGCCAGAAAUCAACCACUUCUUUCAGUGGAUGCAGAAAUGUCUAACCAAUCGCUUUCUCAGGGACCAAAGAAACAAAUCAGUGGAUUUGUGCCAGAUAGCAGUUCCUCAGGAAAAAGAGCAGAUGAUAAAAAUGGGAAGGGCAUAAGUGUGCCAAAGAGAGAUCAGCUUGGAGGUGGUCGUCCAGUCCCAGAAACAGGUGCUGUGUUACCCUUAGCCUUAGGCUUGGCCAUCACUGCUUUACUGCUGCUUAUGGUUGCUUGCAGACUGCGUUUAGUGCGACAGAAGCUUAAAAAAGCUCGACCCAUUACAUCUGAAGAGUCUGAUUACCUCAUCAAUGGGAUGUAUCUCUAAAAAUUUGAUUUAGGUCAGUUGUUUUCUCCCCUUUCUCCUCUGUCCAUGAACCUCUUGCCUCUAUAAAAGGACCAAAACCUUUAGUUAAGUUUUGAGUGUGGAAGAAACCUAUGAGAUGAGGAACACGUUCUUCCCCUUUGGUGGUAAAAUAAAAGUGGGUAGAUGUCUGUGCUCAGGCUGCAGCGAGUAGCUCCUGUUGGCUCUUGUGCAGAAGACAGUGUGAGAUGGGGACACCCCAGACUGGAUGCAGGGUGCCCUCACCCUCCCCACAGUAGCUGGGAUCCUGGCCAUGGCAGAGCAUGCCCCAGGGCCAGGGCACUGGAGCAGCCAAGGCCUGGCCACACUGGCCAAGGCGUGGAGGGAAGUCUGUGCCACCCUGCUCUUCUGAGUGCUGCCACCACUGUGCUUUGCUCUGGGGACCAGGGCGCUCCCAGCGCAACGCGUCACUUCCCUGUCCAGCAGAGGCUGAUUUGUGUACUUCCCAACGGAUAGACCAGGAGUAUUUUCAUUAAAUAAUUUGUCUUGCUUUGUUAAUUAAAAGCAAUGGCUACCUAAGCACCAGCUUUUGUAACAAAAUUUGGGAUUUAAGGAACAAAGCCUCUUUUCUUCAUUUGUAGCGCAAACCUCUGUCCAGCUAACAGAGUCACACUUACUAAAUGUUAUAAUGAAAAAUACAAGUCCUCAGCAAGUGAGUUUGGACUGACCAGUGCUCGACAGCAGUUCUGUGCAAUCCCAGAGGGCUUGUUCAGCCUUUUCCACCCCUAGCUCGACACCGCACGGUGUGAGAGCGCAGCACGCAGCGGCUUUUACCUGAGACACCGGAGUGUAGGAUUCCUGCUGGUUAUCCCAUAGCUCCCUGCAAAGCUUGAAAGCUUCGGCGACCUGCCCUCGCCUCAGCGAAAUUCUCAUAGAAUUAGAGCAAGUAAUUGAUAUGUGUGAGUGAACCUCAGAUGUGUUAACAGUAAAAUGUGUACAGUACCUGUUAUAUAUACUUACAUAUAUAUACACACCGUGCUGUCUGUCUUGUUUGACUGUCCAAGGAUGUCACAUUCAUCACAGGUCCCAAUAAAAACAGAGGCAAACAAGACAGGCAUCUUUUUGUAUGUCGUCUUUUGUACUUCAGUAACUUUGAGUCAGCGAGAAUAUUGCCAUGGUAUACAGAUAGUUCUUGAAGUUGCUCGUUACUUUAUGUAAAUUAGAUCUAAUAAACUUAUUUUAUUCUUA